AUGUCCGGUGCACCCUGGUCUGUUGUGGAAGUAUUUGACGACGGUGAUGACAAAUUACAUGCAUUUGACCUGUUAUUCAAUGAAAUUCUCGAUCGUCACGCUCCGAUUAGAUCAAUUAAAGUUCGUGGAAAACCAAAUCCCUGCAUAACGGAGGAGAUACGUGAACUCAUGAAAUCUAGGAAUGUCUGGCCCAAAACAGCCCGUAGAACUAAUGAUCCACAUGCCUGGUCUACCUAUAAAACCUUAAACACCAAGUCAGGAAGUCAAUCAGAGCAGCGGAGAGUGAAUUCAUCAAAGAUCAGAUCCAAAACAACCCACGGAACAUAA